AUGAAAAUGUUCGUUGUUGGUACUGAUGGUGGUGAUGGUGGUGGUGGUGGUGGUGGUGGUGAUGGCUGGCACAAAACGGACCCGACAUUGCUGCCAGAGGACGAGAAGGAAGGGGACGAGAAGGAGAACACGGAGGAGGAGGAGGAGGAGAGAGAGUGUACGGGUGGUUGGGGAACAUCGGCAACAAACCGUCAUGAGAACUGA